AUGGAAUGGAAGUUUGAUGCAACCAGUGGUACAGUCGUUGCGGGUGGGAAUAAACGAGGAAAUCAACGUAAUCAAUUGAGCUUUCCAAGAAAUGUAAUUAUUGAUCAACAAAGUGAUAGUCUAAUUAUAUGUGAUUGGGGAAACAAACGAGUGGUAAGAUGGCCUUGUCGAUGUGGUACACACGGAGAAACGAUAAUUUCAAACAUUGAAUCUUGUGGUGGUUUGGCUAUAGACAAUAAUGGAUCUAUCUACAUCUCUGAUUUUAACAAAGGUGAAGUCCGACGAUAUGAAAUAGGAGAGACUUAUGGCACAGUAGUUGCAGGUGGUAACGGAGAAGGCAAUCAGCUCAAUCAACUCAACGGUCCUACCUACAUAUUUGUUGAUCAGAAUCAUGCAGUCUAUGUAUCGGACAAGGAUAAUCAUCGUAUAAUGAAAUGGGACAAAGGGGCAACUGAAGGUGCUCUUGUCGCUGGUGGCCAUGGUAAAGGUGAUGAUCUUACACAAUUAAAAUAUCCUUAUGGAGUAAUUGUUGAUCGUUUGGAUACUCUCUACGUAGCUGAUUCCUGGAAUAAUCGAAUAAUGCGUUGGCCUAAAGGUUCUACACGAGGUGAAAUCAUUGUUGGUGGCAAUGGUAUUGGAGAACAAGCAAACCAACUGAAUUAUCCUAUCAGCUUAUCAUUUGAUCGACAAAGCAAUAUGUAUGUUGUCGACCAAGGCAAUCAUCGUACACAAAAAUUCCAGAUCGAUAUGUCAAGAUCAUCUUGA